CACAUGACGCUGAGGUUUUUUUUUGUUAUUAUUAAUUGUGUGAAGAUUGGAAGAAUAAGUAAAUUAAUAGCGGCGCAGCCUUAUUCAUUAGGAAAAGCAGUACCAGAAUAUAUUUAAUAAGGUAUUGAAGUUAAUAAUGGGAGCACAACCAAGUAAAGACCUUGAGUUGGAAGAGUACUUGAGUUAUUUUUCUCUGGAAGAACGGGCUAAAUUGGAACAGACGUUCAAACAAAUUUUAGGAGAAAAAUGCGACUCUGCCAUAGACUGUUUCAAUCUGGAUCAGUUGCAUCGCCACUUGGAACCAUUUCUUCCUGCACUUAUGAUUGAAAGACUACACGAUGAAAUGGCCAAUGUCUUGAAUAAAUCUGAGUCUCAUAACAGACUUGUCAAUUAUCGUUCUUUUGUAGCUGCAAUGGCACAUCUUCUAAAAGGAAAUGUGCAUGAAAAAAGCCACAUUGUUCGGCGCUUGGCAACUGAACGAAAGGAUUCUGUUUCUUCUCCAGAACUCCUGAAGUUUGUGGAAGAGAUGCUCAGUGCUUUUAUCCUGAUCAUCACAGACACACCACAGUUUAUUAGUUGGAGGUUAGGAGUUACUGAAGCUUCCACUGAACAUUUGUCUCUUCUCCUGUUACAUGAUCUGUUGUAUAAAGAUUACCCACACACUGAUGUACAGCACCAACAUGUUUCUGAUCAAGUUUAUACUGAGACAGAUAUUGAAAUUUGGCUAACAAAAUGUUCCUUGAUGGUCAUGGUGUUGGAAAUGGUGUUUAGAGCUUGUUUCAAAGUGCUAUCUGAAUCUUCUCUGCAGGAAGCAGCAGCAUCACAAUCACAAAACUACGGCUUUCAACCUCUACCUUUUUGUGUGGGUGUUGAUUGGAAGAGAUUUAAAACAUUGUUGGAUAUACCCUCUGUUCUUCUGCUGAAUAGCCAUAUUCCACCAGCUUAUCGAAGUACGUGGCACCUAUUGUUUUCUUCCAAUGUUCAUGGGGAAAGCUUCUCUAGUAUGCUAACACGGGUAGUAUGCCAAGGCCCCUCCAUACUACUGGUUCGUGACAAGAAUGGGUAUGUGUUUGGAGGAUUUGCUUCAGAAGCUUGGGAGCCCAGCACAAAAUUUUCUGGAACUGCUGAUAGCUUUGUCUUCACUCUUGUUCCUCGUAUGGGAGUUUAUUUAGCUACAGGAUACAACUCCAAUUUCAUGUACUUGGCUGUCAACCAACAAACAUUUCCUAAUGGAAUGGGUUUAGGAGGUCAGCUCAACAACUUUGGCAUUUGGCUUGAUGCAAACUUUGAUCAUGGACACUCUACUGCUGGUUGUACAACGUUCAACAGCCCUCAGUUGUCUGCUGAGAGUCAUUUCCGUGUGGAUGUUGUGGAAGUAUGGCGCAUUGGGCCUGAAGUGGUUAAGGACAAAGUACAACGUCUUGAUCCUAGUAUUUUGGACAUUGACCCUGAAGCUAAGGCCAUGCUUUCACUCAUAAACAAGGGACCAGUAAGUGAGGGAUUAAGAGAAAAGGAUCCAAUGGCUGAUAUGCCUGAAGAAAAGAACCUUCUUCCACUCUAGAAAACAUGUGGUUGUGUGUUAAAAAAUAAUAAUAAAGGUUUUUAUUUCUUUUGUGUAAUCUCUGAUGGUAGUUUUUUUUUGUGUGCGUGUGUGUGUGUGUUUCUCUUGAAUGGGUUUGUUUUACCUGCAUAAUUUGACAGUGGUUGUAAAUUUUUGGUCUUAAAUAGUCCUUUGUCUUUGAUUAUUGAGAUAAUUUGUUUUAUUUUACACACAAGCUAUGCAUCUUGUUGAAGGUAAAACUAUUUAUAUAUAUGUUUAUAUAAUGUAUUUAGAACCAGGUUGUAAUUUUAUUCUUUUCCUACCUUUGUUAUAAAAAUGAGACUUGUUUCUAUAAUAUGGAAAUGGAAGAUGAAGUAUAUUUAAUUUUGUUAUGUGUUUCAUUCUUUCACUUGUGCAAGCUGUUUUACAAAAUAUUGAAACAAAAUUGAUAACAUUUUGCACAUGAGAAAUUAUGAUUCCGAGAUGAUAGCUAAUCUGAGUAUGGAGGUGAGUUAUCUUCUUCAUGCAUCUGCCUAAGAGAUUUGCAUGCUACUAGCUUUGAGGCAACUCGAACCUAACUUCAUAUGUUUUGAUGGAACUGCACUGGUGCAUCAUAAUGUCUUCAUGUAACAAAAGCCUUCCACCAAAAUGUGCAUUAAUUCCACUAUGCACUUGCACUCGUGAUAACAUCAUUCUUCUCUUCAGCAUUGUAUUGAAAAAGAUGUAUAAAUUUCUUGUCUAAGUUCAGUUUCUUGAGAUUUUUCAAUUUUAAUGAAACUUUGGUUUUUUUUCAAAUGCUUUAAUUUUUUAUUAUGAAUUCUCAAAUGAUAGUGACUUAUACUUUGUCCUUUGCAUGUGGGGUUGUUCACACACAGGCCUUAUUUUUACUGUAACUUAUGGAGGCUUGUUAACUGUUGGGGAUGUCUCUGCCAUUGUUUAAUAUGUUGUGGAUAUACAUGUGCUAACUGGACCUCCUAGUCCUGUUGUGUCAGGUGAAAUUCUUUCUUGUCAAUUGGGAAUGAUCUAUUUGGCUAUCAAUUUUCCAUGAUUGGCUUUGGGUAAUGCCUUACCACUUGAGAAACGACUUGAACCUUACAAUCUCAUUUUGGAUUUUAUUCUCAGUUAUGUUCUUUUCCUUCUUUUUUGCAUGUGUUUUUUACUUUUUUUCCCUCUUUGCUUGUUAUUAGGAUUUUUACUGUUUCAUUUCUCCAAUAGCUCCUCUCUCACAUCCGAUUGCCUUGUCUCUUUCACAUUUGUGAUUCUUUUCAAGAUUCCCUAUCCUUGGUAUCUAUUUCACCAGCUUGAGUAUUGGAUCCCUUACCUUCUAUUUUACUCUCUAGUUCCCCAUUUUUGUGUUUUUAUCUUUUUCUCAUUACUCUCCUGAAUCCACCUUUUAUUUGGGCACUUCAUUUUCUUCUCCCAGGUAUCAUUUGUGGUGUUCAUUUCUCACUAAUUACCUCAACUGAUGUUAUAUGGCUUUGGUCCUCGCUUUCUUCCCAGGUUUCUCGCCCUUGCACUUUACUCCUGUCCCUUAUCUUGAUCAAUCUACUCCUAACCUUCUCAUACCAGGCCUUCCUCUUUUACUCAUCCUCCCUCUACCAAAAUUCUACUUCAUUGCUUUUAUUUUCCAUGACUAUCAAACACGUAUGACUUUGUACCCUUCUUUUCUCCUACUGUUGGUCUCAUUCUCUGCCAAAAGUAGUUUUUAAUUUUUUUAUCUUGAUCUUUCUCCUUACUUCUCUUCCCAUUUCUUUUUCUCCUCCCUCUGACCCCCAUCCUUAGUUUUUUUCCUCAGUCCAUAGUUGGCCAUAGUUAAUAUGUUGGACACCUUCCUGCAUAUCACACUCAACCCAUCUUCCAUACAUAUUAUACAUUCUCUCCAUCAUUUUUUAUCUUUCCAUUCUUUGCACCUCCCUUUGACUUCACAUUGGCCCCUUUUGUAUUCACUGGUAUUGUGAGGACUUUCACACCCUUUUCUUGGGUGAUUGCCUUCUGUGGGCCCAUUCUUGGAUGGUCUCCUCUUCUCACAACCUGAGAUUUCAGUCCUUUCUCACAACCACUCGUUAUUUAGUACUCUUGGCCAUUUUCUUCAUCUGUUGUCUCAGUUAAGUUCACUCUUCUUCUUUCACUGUGAGCUAUGGUGUAUCUAAUCACCAAGUGUUAUUCUUCUCUUUCUAUUCAUGUACAUGAGAUUUAUUUGUUUUGGGGAACUCUGGCUUCGUUGGUACCCCUCAUUCCUUUGGGUCAUGAACACGUGCUUUCUCCAGUGGAGCUUGCAGAUUCUAGGAUUUUUCCUUGGGUUCCAUUGUUCUCAUUUUUGAACCUCUCUUUGAAGAAUUGUUGUGGUGACUAGACCAUGCCCAUACUACAUCCAAUAUUCUCUUAUUGCCUCUCUCACUAGAUCUUCACUGAUGCUUCCAUCUCUGAUUGAGGAACAUCUAUGGAUGAGAGCAGAACUUUUAGCAUUUGGAUGCAGGAUAUGCAUUCACUCCAUAUUAAUGUGCUCAACCUUUUUCCUGUUUGCUGGACAUGUUCCCUUUCCUGCCCCUACUGAUGGAUCAAUUGGUCAUGUUCUACUCAGUCAAUUCUAUGGUCAUUUCUUGCAUCAACCUUAUGAGAAGCACCUGUUACAUGACCCUUUGCUCUCAAGCAUUGAACAUGCACAUCUGGGCUCAUUCACAUUAGGUUUGACUUACUGCAUGUCAUUUGCUGGUAUCUAAGAGUUUUUGGGGGGACUCCCUCUCUUGGCCAGUCCAUAUUCUACCAAUGGAGUGGUCUCUACACCCCCAGAUCUUUUGUUGGGUUUGCUCUUGUUGGGCAUGCCCCUCAUGGAUGUCUUUAACACUUUUCUCUACUCCUCUUUCCUCUCUUCUGAUCUACUUUUCCUCAUCAUUUGAAUCUGGGUGUCAAUUUUCUCAGCCAGGCCUAGUUUCACCUCUUUCUAUAUGCCUAUUACUCUAUUCAUCUCCUCUCUCAGGUCCUUACCUUAUUCUGCAUCACUCCUCGUCAUAUCCUAUGGUUGCUGCCUCUUUGGCCAGCUUAGCCUUGGUUUCCUCUGCUUCUUUGCUUAGUAUUCACUCUUUCUCUUUCUUCUACCUGAUGAACCCUCUAUCUUGCUUCACGCUCACACAUCCCUUUUUCAUCAUGGGAUAGCUUCUCUCUGCCUUUAAUUGUGGGUUUGUCCGAUAUGUUGGGCUGGAUUCUUCAGUCAUAUGGCUUUUUUUGUCACAUUCCUGUUCCCCUUCCUCUGUGAUUGUCUAUUGACAACAGUGGAAGGUCUUUCAUCAUUGUUCCAUCCUCCAUUCCUUUACCCCUGACCAUCCUACUGUGAAGCCACCUUUCUAUAUUUUUACCUGGCUGCUCCUCCAUGAUUUUUCAGUUUCUGCCUUUGCUGAUUAUUAGAUGGCUUUGUUCAUGACAUGUUGCCUUUUCUGGUACCACAACGUGUUUCUUCCCCUGUACUCUUCACUUUGUUAUGCUCCUCGUCUGAAUCCCAUAACUGACUGAGACCUUAGUGGGAAUUUGUAAACUCUCACACAUGCCCCAUUUCAGCCAUUAGCUUUCUCCUCAGACUUGUUUCAUCCUUAUUCUCACCUGUGGUCACCAUUGUUCCAUUGUAUGAAAGCUCUCACAUCCUCUUCCAUCACACAUCUAUACUUCUCUCCCUGUACCAAUCUUCCCUUCCUAAGACUUCAACCACUCUGAAGGUUAACUGUACUUUCUCUCUUUGCUCCCUUCCUUCUGUCUCUCACCUAUUUAGUCAUUUGCGCCCAGAUUGCCUUCUGUGCCCUGCUCAAGCUGUUCAGUGUUCUUUAUCAUGGAUCCCUCCCUUUCAAAGUCACAGCCAUUGUCUGCCCCUACCCUUGGAUCCCUCAUCUUCUCAGGUCCUCUCUCCUAAACUUACUGGAUGAGUCCAUUGACUCUUCCUGUUGAAAUAUUUGUCUGUGGUUGCAAUUGCUUGCAGGCUAUUACACAUUUCUUCCCAUUCAAUUUGUUACUUUUCUCAUUCUCUUGCAUCUGGCUCUGGAACAAGAUCCUCCAAGUGGGCAUGGGGAGGAUUCUGCACAUUUGUUUCUCCUUAUCUUCACCAUCAGGUUGUUUUCUGUCCUGAUGGAUUUUGGCUUCCAAUGGUACAAUUUUUUUUCAGAGCCCCUUUUUAAUUUUGUAACAUCCUGCCAAGUGGCUAGUGUUGCCUCCCAGGAUACACUUACUCAACAACUACCAAGCCAGGAUAACAGAAAGAGCUCAUACCUUCCACCCUUAUUCUACCAGUACCCACUGUGAGAUGGAGUGUUCUGCAAUACCACUUGAGUUAUCCUUGUGAUAUACAUAUCUACUCAAUUGUCCAAUCCAUAUCAUACCUAUUGUAUAGACUAUCAUGGAAAAAGCCAGUGCCAGGGAAGUGAUCUACCCAGUUCUUUGGCUCAAUGCUUUUUAAGUAUAGGGGUUCUGCAGUCAUGCAGACCUUUCAUGAUGGAGAUCUGGGCACUUCUCCAGGUCUCCUCAAUGUCUGUUCAAUAGAGGUGAGGUGAGCACACACUAUACAAAACCAUAAUACAUCACUGAUAUGCUUUCUUCAUGCAGCUGGAGUCUGUUCAGUAGAGUUGAGGUAAAUGCACAAGGUACAGUCUGAAUGCACCCCAACCACACUAUACAUAUUGGCUCACUGUGCUUGGAUGAUCAUGUUCUCAUUCUGCCCAUCCCAGCAACAUAUGGGGCUUACCUUAUUCACCCCUUACAUUCUGGGCAAAGAAUAUUCUGGUUGAGAUCUAGUCUCCCAUGGGUGUGAUUCUAUGGAGCUCUUGCCAUCGGGUUUUACACUUUGUGGGCUUUCUUUCAGGUGCUUUCUGAAGAAAGCUGAUGUAGGUAAGAUUUUGCACUUGCCCCUCCACCAAUUCAAUGUGGGAUUCUAGCUAAUAUGUGUGAGAAGUGAGUUAUUCUCUUGGAAGUUAACAUUUUCAUUACCAAAAGAAUGUAUUUCUGAGAGGUACACACCCAUCCUCCCCACUUCUGAUAUACAUUUUUGUCCUGACUCAUUAAAGAAUGAAGUUAUCAUGAGUGCAUGUGCAUAAAGGGAAUUAAUGUGCAUGAAGGUUGUCACUCUACUAUUGGUGGAGGGCUUUUGUUGCAUUAAAACACAUGAAAUUAGGUAGGAGUUACCUCAAGACUAGCGGCAUGCAAAUCUUUUAUGCAAAAGCAAAAGAUAAAUAGCCAGAGAUUUCUAUCAGACAUACAUUUUCAGGGAUUGAAAAUACUAAUAUUUUUGAAAUUUGAUUAGGGUAAAGCUCUGUGUUGGUAAACAGAUGGUCAGAACUACUGAGAUUAAAACACAUUUUUGAAAUGUGGCAGAGUACCAUUUAUACAAAAAUAUUUGUAAUUUGUGAGAUCAUUGAUGAUUGGAAGUUAUAUUGAACACCGUUCCAUUAAAUCAAGACAGCAAAUACAGUUUCAGAUGUUCUUAAUUAUACAUUUUGCUAUUUAUUAUAAAAUGUAAUAAGAUAACUACAGUAUCUGGAUAUAUGUUUAAAAAAGUAAUCUUUGCUGAACUUCCUGAUAAGAGCUUAUGAAUGACACAGUUGCAAUGUCCAAAGGGAAUUAAUCUCAACUUCGUAACAUUAUUUGAAUAAUGCUUUCUUGAAGUGUUAAUUGUCAAACUGUUCUGAUAUUGCAAAAAGCCUUUAAAUAUUAGAAUGAAUUAACACCAACACUACUUUAAAACAUCAUCAUGUAUUCUUACCCUUACUAAUGUCAGAUAAACAGUGAUGUGUUGGAAUAUGUGUAUUUUAAAUUUGCUAAGCCCUUACACAGGAUUGUAUUUAGAUUAUUGCAGUAUCCUAAUGAAAGCUUAACAAUGAGACUAGGUAGUAAAUCAAAAAGAUACCUUGUUAUUGACAUUUUGCUAAAGUACUUAAAUCUCAUUAUUAUGAACCUGUUACGAAGUAGAAUAUAAAAACUAAAACUUAAAUGCAGUAUCAUGAAAAAUCACUGGAAAUAAGAUUUGAAUACAGUAUUAUCAUAUAACCUGAAAGUAAACCUUUUCUGGAGAUGAAAAUAUAUAAUACUUAGUUCAUUAUUAGUUGUAAUAUGUUUAUAGAAGUGUGCUAAAUAUGAACAGAAGGUCAUAUAUAUAUUUAGAUAAAUGAUUUUUUUGUAGAGAGUUUUGAAAGGAUUAAUAUCACUGAAUUCUAUUCAUUAGUUGUAAGCUUCAGACUGACAAUUAUCAGGCUAUCCUGAAGUUGUAACUGUUACUCAUCAUCAGCUUGACUCACUACAGUCUAAUUCUCCCUGUUAAUAAAUACAUCACAUUUUCAGAUAUGUCGUGAUACUUAACAAGUUCUUAAUUUUCUCAGGAAUAUGCUCUUUUCUAUGGGUUGAGAGCCAUGUAGUAGUAGAGUAUGAUAUAUCUCCUUGUGUAGGAGAGGUAUCCAAAUUUACAAAUAACAAAUGAUUUCUUAUUUUUUAUAUUACAUCCUUGAAAUGAAAAAGUUUUUUUGUUCUACACUAGACUUAAAAAUACAUUUCAUUUGAGCCUAAUGAUAAACUCUGCCUAAUAUUAAACCUAACUUUUCUACUUAUUGUGAGAGUUCUCUUAAAUAUGGUUAUGCUAUUACUACUGAUUUCACUGGAAAAUCAAAGUUCAGGACUUAAGGGUGGUCAGUAUAUUUAGCACUUCAUUGAUGUUACUGUCAAUGAAAGUACUAUUAAGAGGUAGUAAAAAAUUCCUGAGGUUUAUUAAAGAUUCAAAGUCUACAAGGGAAAGAUAAUUGCAGUAGUAUUAAAUGCAAUUAAAGAAAGAUAAAUAUUAUAGUGUGAACACCUUUUCCAAGCUAGUGAAGCACAAUUAUAAUUAAUUAGGCCCUUAUGUAUUUCAAGAAUUAGACGAGUAUAAAAUAAUUGGCAUUCCAACUACACUAUGUUCCCCAUAUCCAUUGCCAACAAUAUGUUUUGUUGGUUCAGAGCUCAUUAGGCUGGUUGAGACACAACAAACAGUAGUGGUUGUAACACUUUUUAUAUAGGCUAUUUGUUACAACAACAAUUGUUACAGUAUGAAUAAAUAGCCUAUAUAAAUAGUGCUCUGACCACUACUUUGUUUGUUGUAUCCCAGCCAGCUUGAUGAGUUCUGGAUUGAGUGAAACACAUCAUUGGCAACGGCUGAAGUACUAUUAUUAUACACUCUUCUAAUUCUUGAAAUUCCUGUAAGAGUAGAUAGAAAAUGUAGUGUUAAAAAUAUAAUAAGCUUAAUAUUACUUUCUUAUGACAAGUAUAAUUAAAGAACAUAAUUAUAAUGGAGAGUAUUUACCAGUGGGUUCUCAUGCUAGGAUAAUGUUUUGAGUUUCUAUAGAAGUACAGUGGUCACAUAGAAUCUAAGCCACUUUAUUGUAUAAGGAAUAUUGUGGACAUAUUUAAUAUUUUUCAGUCACAAAAUCAUGUUGAGAAAUGUUUUCAGUAUUAUAAUAGCAAAUAUCCAAAUAUAAUAUUAAUGUUGAAUCUGAAGAAGUAUCUACUUAUUUGUAAUUGAAGUAGAUAUGUACUAUAAAUCAACUUUGUAGAAAUUUACGCAAAUUUUUAAUGAUGGUGUUCUUUCUUUGUAAGAUAUUUAUAGUAAAUGUAGUAAUGAUACUUAUUAGUCAUCUUUACUGGAUUGUAAGCAAUUAUUUUAAAUUUUUGGGUGAAAUAAAUCAUAUCAACAACUUUCUGAAACAGUAAGUUUGAUAUCAAUAUGAAUUAUAUGCUAAAUAUGCUGGCAACCUCAAAAGUCUUGUGAAGUCUAGUAUGACAAAGGAACCAGUAGUAAUAGUGUUAUCAUAUUUAAGAUAAAUUUACAUUAUAACAAAAGAUAGUUAGUUUUAAUAUUAGGCAAAGUUUAUCCUUAGGUUUAAAUUAAAGAUUUUUAAGUCUAUUGUUAGAAUCAAAACUUUUCUUCAUUUCAAGAAUGUAAUGUCCACAAUAAGGGGCCAUUUAUGAUAUACAAAUUUCUAUGUCUUUCCUGUGCAGAAGAAUAUUUUGAUUCUACUACCAGGUGGCUCUUCACCAGUAUAAAAGAGCAUGUUUUGGGGAAAAUUCAGAACUUUUCAAAUAUUGCACAACAUAUUGUAAAGUGUAACAAACUUAUUACCACUGAAAAUUCUACUAUAGUUAGGAGAUUUGAUGAUAAGGAACAAUUACGAAUUGCAGAAAGUUUGAUAAUUGCAGGGUUGAGAAUUCCCACGUGGAUCUGUGGUUUCCCAUGGAUUUUAGUGUCUACUGGGUCACUAUGUAAAUCAUGUAAAUUUGAAGAGAAAAUUUCAAUUGAUAAGCCUCUGAGUCUUGGUGAGUCCUAAACUUUUUUUUUUUAUAUUUUGGUUUAUUUUUUAGUCUUUUACUAAAUUGUACAUGCUUAUGGGUUUGCUUUGCUGAUGGUUUUUAGAUUAAAUUCAAUUCUGAAUAAUAUCUAAUAUAGAUACAUUAUGGAGUAAACAUUGUUGUAACUUCUGAGCAUCGAUAAUAUCUGCUAAAAUGGAUUGAGUUUUGAAAAGAAUUGAUGACGAGGAAUACCAUAAGGUUUGCAAGAUCGAUAAGAAUUCACAAAAAAGACUUGGAGAUGAGCAAGGAUGGAUAAAGAGGAUAAAAUUGAACUGAAAAGCAUGAAGGGUGAGACAGAGAAAGAGCAACAUGUGCUUGAUGAAUUUUAUCACAAAAUCCAUACUCCUGGUAUAGUAGUUUGCUAUAUUUCUCAAAAUAUGACUAUUAAAUACAGCACAGCUAGUAUCGGUGCAUUAAAAGACCAUAUUCAAUUGAAAUGCCACAAAAAGUCAGUGCACGCCACCGCUUCUACCCAUUACAUAAAUCAUUUUGCACAGCUAACGUCAAAGGAACCACCUACUGUAGAUGAAGAAGCUACCACUACAUCCAAUAUGAGCCAGCAGAUCCAAACAAUUUCAGCACUACCAGCUUUGGUGUGUGGCAAAAUUUUUACUGCAUCUAGAUGUACAUGUCUAUUGGAGUAAGUAUAUAAUUAUCCCUCCCCCACUUAAUCUACCAGUGCUUAGUCAUUUAUGUUGAAGAUAAUAUGACAAAUUUCAUUAUGAUUUUCUGAGCAGGUGACUCCUGGAAAUAGCAUUUCAACUUUAAGAGGGCAAUGCCCCUUUGUAACUCUAUUUAGAUUAGUAAUAGAAACCCCUACUGGGGCAUUGCUCCUGGACCCCAAUGGGGGCCUGCUAGCCCCAGAUUUCCAGUGAUUUUUCUCAUCUUCUGUUCUCAUCCCUGUAAUUGCUAUUCAGAAACUUAAAAUUAAUCAACAGAAUUUGAUAGUACCCUACUUUUGAAAUUUAAAAGAUUUUUUUUUAAUGUAUUUGAUUUAAAAAAACACUGAAACAAUUUUUGCACCUUCCUUUUAUAGAAAUGAGCUAGAAAAUAGAGUAGCUUUGGGAUUUCUUAAUUAUAAUAAUAAUAUUCUUAUUUUUCUUUUUAUAUAACAUCUAGACUUAAAAUUAAUGUUCGUGCACAUUUUGUCAGUAAACUUAGCAAAUCUAGAAGGAUAAUAAGUGUUUACUUGUUUUCACUAUGCCUUUUAUAAGCACAUCAUUUUUGUAAUAUAUCUGAUAUUAUAAAGUGCUAAGUGUUUGAAAUCUUACAUUCUAAAAUGAUAUGAUUACCUUCUGGGUCUGCCCUUUAGAUUUUGUGCAUGGCAUUGUAACGUAGCAAUAACCCUCCACCAAUAUGAGGGCAACACAUCCUCCGUUGACAGUAGAUUCUCAUAAACACUUGCACAUGAAACUAACUUCAUUCUUAUCCUUGACACUGUCUUUAAAUUAAUUUAUAUUUAAACUUAAUCAAUUUCAUGACAUAUACACUGAUUUUUUUGACAGUGUUUAACCUUGGUUUUUAUUUAGCUUAUUUUAGCUUUGAUUUAAGGCUACAUUGUCACUAAAUAACUAAAAAAAAUUUAUCUGUAGAAUUGCUGUGAUAAUCAUAAAUUCUCAAGUGAUGGUGACUUCUACCUCCUCCCGAUGUUCUAGUAAUGUUGCUAACAUUACCCCUACUUUGUCUGUGGUCACUUGAAGCUAGAUGACUGUGGAAUAUGUUACAGCCAUAGUUCAUCUUGUCGUGAGUUCUUUGAUACAUUUCUUGCCUCUUUAUCUGUUGAGGACAAUGUUCCUCCUCCAAAUUUCUUUGUGGAUAUGAUUACUCAGGCUUGUUUUUUGCUGUCUCUUUCUCCUAUGUCCUUUGAUUCUUCUCAUUCUUUACUACAACUGUCACACUGAGGAUUAUUUGUUUUUUGUCUCUUUCUCUAGGCAUGCUCCUGGAUCAGCUUUCCACUCUCAAAUGCCUCAUCCUCCUCAACUCCAGAAUUCCUUUGCCAUGGGUUAUGGCUCCUAUCUUUUUCUGUUCCUGGAUAUCCAAUACACGGAGUCCCUUCUACCUGCUUGGGGAUUGACUCCAUCUCCUGUAACACUCUUUAGUGCUAGAUUUUCCCAUCUUUACCUUUUUCUUGACCAUAUCCUUUGUUACCUCUCCUCCAUUUAUCUCCUAUCUGAAGACCUACAUUGUAAUCCUGGUAGCUUUUCAGGAGAUAUAUGGUCAGCUCUUUCCAUACCUUGGCCAGGGUUGUCCCUGCUUACUUGGUUUCUCCAUUCUUGGGACCAUCUUGGACAUAAUGCUUUUCUCUUUACCCUUUAUAUUCCCUGUUCUUACCUCUUUUUAUACACUCUGAAGUUUUCAAGGGUGCUCCUAAUGGUUUGGAGACUGUGGUCAAGGCUGCUUGAUAACGGUACUCUCUUUCCUCAUUGGUUUCUUGUGUCUCAUAAUUUUGUGGUUCACUAACAUUCUUGACCUUGUGAAUCCUCCAUCUCGCUCUCUUCCUGUUUCUUGUUCCUCUACCAAUUCUCACCAUCUGCCCUGUUUUAUAGGUUUGGUUGGUCAAGUAUUCUAAGUCAUUCCUGACUCAGACUCAAUACUUGGUCCACCUUGUAGUCUUUUUCAAUCCUGGACUCAGCCUCUCCCCCCCCCCACCUCCAUUCAUCUCUGGGAAAUGGAGCAUCUAAUCACCUUAAAACUUGUCUUUCCUGUGGGAGAGGUUCUAUUUCUUCUGGGGACUUGCAUUUCUGGAACAUCCCUCUGUAUUUGUACCCUUCUUCCAUGUGUCUUGGUAUAGAUCUGUAACACUCCUUGCUGUAUCUUGUUGGUAGCACCUUUUUGGUUGGCUCAGUCUUGGUUUCCUCUUCUUCGCUGACUAGUAUCCAGGACAGCUCUUCCUCUGCUUCCAUCACAGUCACUCUUGCUCCUGCUUCAUAUGUCUCUCUUUCACCUGGUAAUAUUGUCCCUUCAUCUUCAUACAUCCUCACACUUUCCAUGAGCCUUGGAAGAAAUCACCCAGGCUGGCAUGCAGACUAUGCCCAAUACCUUCAUCUCCCAUUAUCUUCACCAUCUGGAAAGAAUGUAAGGUUAAUAAAUUGUACAACAGAACACAUACCAAAUUGCAUGGUCUGAUCAUUCCCCUAGCCACACUAUAUCUUAUGUCCAACCAACCAACUUGUUCUUUCCAUGGGCUUUCCUUUACAGUCACAUUCUCCAAAGGGAGUUCAUCUAGUUUUUUACUAUUGCACUGACUCCUCCACCACAUUUAUGUGGGAUUCUAGUUAUUGUGAGCAUAGAGAUAAGUAUAUUGUUUAAGAAGUUAACAAUCUCCUUACCUGAUUGAUAUUUACCUCUCUACAUACCUUCCCAUCCUCCUCCCCACUACUAGUGCACAUUAUUCUUGCCUCAUCCACGAAUGAAGUUAAUUUCAAGUGCAAGUGCUUAUUGGAAUCUACUAUGCCAUGGAGGAUGUGCCUCCCUCCUAUUGGUUGAGGACUAUUAUUGAAUGAUGAUGACAUUAUGCAAUAGCACAGUUCAUGAUAAAAUGUGUUUUACAUGGCUAGUGGCAUGCACAAAAUCUCAAUGGUAGAUGUGCAAGGAAUAGUCAUUGUGUGAAGAGAUGUAAUUAUUUUUUGGAAAUACAUUAUCAGGUAAGGAAAGUGUUAACAUGAAUGUAGUUUAGAUUUUAAUAUCAGCUUAUGAAAAUAUAAUCUGUGUGUGUAUAGUAACUUUGCCAGUGUGUGUGUGUGUGGGGGGGGGGGUAUUGAUCACUUUUUUAAGAUUUUGUAAUCAUUAUACUUGCAUGCCUGAAUUGUUAAUAAAUAUAAGUAUUUGGAUCUGUUCACUAAACACAUUAUAGGGUAUGUAAACUUACAGUAUAAAGAAAAAUGUCUAUUAUUUUAGUGAGAUAUAUAGUUUUGGAAAGAACUUUUUACUUAUGAAUACUGUCAAAUAUUAUAGUGUAAUAAAGCAUAAAGGUACAAGAAA